GACGAGGAGGGAGAUCCAAGCGAGCGAGAUGGAAAGAGGCGGCGGAGGCACAUCUGGUUGGGGCGGAAGCAAGGAAGAAAUGGAGGGGAAUACGAUGGUCAUUUCCGUACUGAGGUCUUUUGAAAGGUUCAUGGCUGAGUCUGCCGAUGAACCAUCUGGUCUGGACACAACCCAGGACCCUCUGCAGAUGCGGUACCAGCAGAUGAUGAGGCUUGAAGAAGAGGCUGAGCAGAUCCAUUCAGGGACGCGGCUCUUGCAAGCAGAACGGGAGAAAAUGCAGAUGGAGCUGAGUCACAAGAAGGCACGGAUUGAGCUGGAGAAGCAGGCUAACACCAACGCGCGGAAUUAUGAGCGGGAGACUGAUCGUAAUCAAGAACUCCUCAAGCAGAUCAAGCAGUGCCAGGAAAGGGAAGCAGAGGCUGAAAACAAGCUUAAAGAACAAAUUGUGGCUAAUAAGUCCUGCCAGAGGAGCAUGGAGUCUCUCAACAAGAAGCUGCAGGAGAAGGAGAACCAGCUGGCCGAAGCUAAUGAGAAAUCCAGUGUGUUGAAGGCUAAGCUGUCUGAGUUGCAGUGGAACUUAAUGAAUCAGGAGAUGCAAAUCAAGGGCCUGGAAUCACAGAAGCAGGAGCUGUUGGAACAACUGGAGGCACAGCGCAAACAGUGGCAAGAGGCCAGCCAGCAAAUUCAAGCCUUGCAAGCCAAGCAAGCUCAGAUGGCCAAGAAGGACCAGAAGAUUCAGGACUUGGAGCAAAAACUUUCCUUGCAGGAACAAGAUGCUGCGAUCGUGAGGAACAUGAAGGCAGAUUUGGCCCAGUUCCCCAAAAUGGAAUGGGAGCUGCAGCACCUCAGGGAAGAGAAUGCUUAUCUUAGGGAAAUGAAAGAGAACAAUGGAUUGCUCAGAGAGGAAGUGGAGGGCCUCCAGAGGAAACUAGAGCGCUACGAGAAGGUCCAAGAAGAACGAGUGGCUUUAGAAUUGGAGAACGAGAAACUUCAGGGAAAGCUGAACACCUGGGAGACCCUUGGCCAAAGCACCGGCUUAAGCAUCAAGAGCCCCAGUGAUGUCUCCAGUCAUUUUGUUGCUCUACAACACCGGGAACUUGUUCUGAAAGAGCAGAACUCUGCCAUUGUGAGCAGUGCCAGACAGCUAGAAAACGCACGGAAGCAACUUCAAGAAGAGCUCUUGAAGGUCCAGAGCCAGCUUCUGGAGGAGAAGAAGAUGCGGGAGCAGCACGAAACGAUGGCAAGAUGUUUGCAAAAGCGGGUCCAGCUGCUCAUCAAGGCACGUGAUGGGAUGAGAGGCAUUUUGGACUCCUACGACAAUGAACUGAACCCUUCUGAGCUCGCUCCUCAGCUGAACUUUCGCUUACGGGAAGCUGAGGACCUGGUGCAGAAAACAGAAGCCCAUGCUGCAGAAAUGGAGGUUCAGUUGUCCCGGGCAUUGGAAGAAGCUGGCAAUCAGAAGAAAAAAGCAGACAUGUUGGAGGUGGAGUUACAGGUGCUGAAGGGUCAAGAAUCCUCAACCGAUCUGAGCAUCUUCAUCGCUCGAGAGGGAGUGAAUGCACUCAGAUUAAAAGUUGAGGACCUGGAAACUGAACGAAGCCGGUUAGAAGAGGAGAAGAGAUCCCUGGAGCUGAAGCUGGAGCAGGUGACCCUUCAGGGUGGUGACUAUGACCCCAGUAAAACCAAAGUCCUCCACCUCAGUGUGAAUCCAGCCAGCCUGGCCAAGCAGCAGCGUUUGGAGGAGCAGGCCCACCUGCGCGAGGAGUGCGAGCGCUUGAGAGAGAUGGUCCGAGUGCUGGAAAGAGGAGGCUCCCUCCCAGAAACCUCAGAGGGGGCUGCGAGUCUCCAGUCACCCCAAGAAAUUGCAGAUCUAAAGAAACAAUUGGAAAGUGCAGAACUGAAAAACCAGCGCCUAAAAGAGGUUUUCCGGACCAAGAUUCAGGAAUUCCGCAAAGCGUGUUACAGCCUGACUGGGUACCAGAUUGACAUGACAUGUGAGAAUCAGUACCGGCUCACCUCGGUCUAUGCUGAACACAGAGAAGACUGCUUGAUUUUUAAGGACUCCAGAUCCUGUGGCAGAAAAAUGCAGCUGCUGGAAACAGAGUUUUCCCAGACAGUCCGUGACCUGAUCGACCUCCACCUGCAUCACCAAGACAGCAUCCCUGUUUUCCUUAGCGCUGUCACCCUGGAACUCUUCAGCCGCCAGACCAUGACUUAGCUCACCUUCUCCACACUUCUGUUCAAGGAUAGUACUGGUAUAUGUCUCCAGGGAUGACAGCAGGACAGGGCUAUUUCCCAAUUUCAGUUGCCUUUUUAAGUGCCCAGCUUCCGUGGCCCUCUCUUCCACAAAACCUUUUGUUUUGAAUCGAAGAAAAGUGACCAAAGACAUAUUGUGUUGGGGGCAGGGGUGGUUGGUUCUUUUGAGGUCCAGAGGGUUUCACACAGGCUGGUUCCUUCAGUCCCAUGAUAGCUGGGGCCUAAGGACUCCUGUAAAAAUCAAGGAACCCCAAGUGUACGUGAAACAUGACCAAAACUUUCUAUGACAAACAAAAUGGCUUCCCAGAUGUUUAAUGCCAUUUGGAAUCCCAGUAUCUUCUAAGGUCAUCUGAGAGAGGCCCAGAUGUUUCCUAUUUAUCUUUUCUCCUUAUUCUCCUCAGCAGUCAAUAUAAGGUUUCUGCUUCUUCACCUAUAGUAACUCCGAGAACAGGGACUUCCAAGGAAAGAGGAUAGUAGCAAUGUUUCUUUUCUGCGGCUGGAUUGGGACUUUCUACUUGUUGCCAGUGAUUGUUCACCUGCCUUUCUCUAAAAUUGCUGUUCCUCACUCACUCGUUAAGGACUUCAUUUGUAAAGACUGAAAAUUUGUUUUGUCCCAUGUUUAAAUGAUUCAGGGAAGCCAGCAA